CAAAAAAGUCCAUCCUCCUCCCUCCCCUGCUAAUUUCCUUUCAGCAUUUCCUGAACUGGAUAAUCCCAGAAUUGGUAAAAGGAGAGGAAAGGGGAGAGUGAGAGAGACUGCAUUAAGGAAGGAAGCCAAUUUCUUGUUCUCCUAAUACUGUCCAAUAGCCCCAAAACAGAGUAAGGGGCUUAAAAUGUAAAGCCUACAUAGAUUUGCAGCUCUUCAUCAAUUUUGUAUUUUUCUCUUUUUCUCUUUCUCCCUUUUUUACACGUUCAUGGGGAAAAAUGGAUUCGGAGUGUCUGAUUUUUUUUCUAUGAAAGACUCAGCUUGAUUUAAUUUGAAGGCCAGCUUCAUUUGAUUUGUUGGGAUGCAUCAGCAAGAAAGAACCUCAGCCAAAAUCUGAUCUCUGUUGCCAGUUUUGCUGUAGACAUUGGUUUCUUAACUCCCUCAUAGAGAACCAUCCUGAACUUGGGCUACAAACUUCAUGCUGCUUCCUGCUGGAGAUCUCUAUAUGUACUGAUUGUUCCCUUCUACAACAGCCGUAGUUGUAACAGCUUAACAUCUGGUGGAGAUUAAUGUUGAGGCAUCCGGCUGAAAGUUCUUCUGGGCUUUCAAUGUUGCUGACCAGAAACGGGACACAAACAAUACAAAUCUGAGAAUAAGAGGGGAGAACUUUUAACUUAUUUGGUGUAAAAAGGGGGGUGGGGGGAAGGAAGGAGGGGUAAUCCUCUUUUUUGGAAUUAACUCAUGAAGAACAAGGCAGGAAAGCUGAAACUCAAGAGGAAAGGAGCCACGAACGUCUUUGGCUGUGAGCUGAGUGAAUAUCUGGAGACUUCUGGACAAGAUGUUCCUAUAGUACUGAAGAACUGCGCAGAGUUCAUUGAGACUCAUGGAAUUGUGGAUGGAAUCUAUCGGCUUUCUGGUGUGACAUCCAAUAUUCAGAAACUGAGACAAGAGUUUGGUUCAGAUCAAUGCCCAGACCUGACUAGGGAAGUUUACCUACAAGAUAUUCACUGUGUUGGAUCACUUUGCAAGUUAUACUUCAGGGAACUACCAAAUCCUCUUCUCACAUAUGAACUUUACAAGAAAUUCACGGAAGCAGUCUCAUGCUUCCCUGAGAAAGAGCAGCUGGCCCAGAUUCAAAAUGUUAUCCAGGAACUUCCACCAUCACAUUAUAGGACCCUGGAAUACUUAAGCAAGCACCUGGCACUUCUGGCUUCCUUCAGCAGCAUGACCAAUAUGCAUACUAGGAACCUGGCUUUAGUGUGGGCACCUAAUCUCCUUAGAUCAAAGGAGAUUGAGGCGGUGGGCUGCAAUGGAGAUGCAGCUUUCUUGGAAGUGCGAGUCCAACAGUUGGUGAUAGAGUUCAUACUGAACCAUGUGGAUGAGAUCUUCAGUGACAACAUUUGUGUCAGGCCAAAGGAUAAUGAAGAGAAUAAACUUGUGAUGAAGAGCCUAACUUUACCUUCCACCUCUCUGCCAAUGAAGCUGGUGAGCUUGGAAGAAGCUCAGGCCCGAAGCCUCUCAGCCUGUCACCCUGCCCGCAAAGAACGAAGGGAGAACAGCUUGCCAGAAAUUGUUCCAGCCACAGGCUCCUUUUAUCAUACCGUCCUUGAUCUACCAGACAGCAAGAGAAAAUUAUCCACAAAGUCCAAGAAAUGGAAGUCUAUUUUUAAUCUGGGGCGGUCAGGAUCAGAAGCUAAGACUAAACUGAGCCGCAAUGGAAGUGUGUUUGUUCGAGGACAAAAAGUCUCUGAGAAAGCAACCAUUCGACCAGCUAAAAGCAUGGAUUCACUUUGUUCACUUCCAGUAGAAGGAGAGGAUGAAAAAAGUCAUUUCAAGCGCACAAUCAUGACCGGAGGGUUUUUUGUUCCAGUGAUGAAACCACAAGUGGGGGGACCUAGCAGCUCAUUUGACCUCAGCAAACAGAACACAGAGUGGGAUCUCAAAGGUGCUAUGAAAGGAGCAGAGGGAGGAGCAGAGGAUAAUGCAGAGAACCAUAUUCCACAGCCAGCCCAAAUGAAACCACUUCCUGAACAACUGAAGGUAUUCCGCCCCAUUGAAGACCCUGAGAAUGAGCAAACGUCCCCAAAGAUGUGCCGUAUGUUCUAUACUUCAAAUGAUGGGACACCCAAUUUGGGAUUCCAUGGGACACUAUUCCCCUUGGAAGCAUCUCCCCGUCACCAACAUAAAGCCUUGAAUAUCUCAGAGCCCUUUGCUGUCUCGGUACCCCUUCGAGUAUCUGCAGUCAUCAGUAUCAACAGUACACCUUGUCGUGUGCCUGUUAAAGACAAAGCAGCUUUCUCUGGUCUUCAAGAAUGUUCUUUUCUGGGAAAAGAAAGUGCUGCCUCUUUAGUCCCUGAAGAUGACAACCAUGACCAAUUAGAGCAUAUAACAGUAAAGGAAGAAAAGAAGUCUGAGUCCAAAUCCAUAACAGAUUCUACUAUUGAGAAAAUUGCCAUUGUUAAGAAGCUGGAGUCUGUAAGUAUCCCUCAAGCAACAGUGGAGACAAUGAGUGGUGGCAACAACUGCAGCCAACCUUUAAAAGAUAAGCUCCCCCUGGAACAGGACUCCCUGGUUAUAAUUUCUGCAAGCCAGCAGCAGACAGAUAAAGCAAGUCAAGACCAGUUUGAGGCUAAGGACAUAUCAGAACAAAUUUGCUGGCCAACGGAGCUAUCAAUAGAUAAAGCAGAAGAUAAAUCACAUCUAAAGGAAUUGGUGGUUGAUGAUCAUUCCAACACUGUGAUGAAACCACAGUGGCCAGAUAUUCAACAAGAGCUGAAAAUUGUUGAAUCUGAAGAGGAGUUUUCAUUUACUGGAAGUACUCUAAAGACAGAUGAACAACAACAGGAGUUUAAACCAAGUCUUACAUCUAUUGUAUCUUCAGAAGCCAAGAGUUUAGUGUGUAGUUCUCUUCUGCUCCCAACCCCUACCAAAGAGGAAAACCUAAUUGGAGAUCCAUUGGCUAUAUCUGACAUUCUUUCCAAAGAAUCAAAAGAUGUACAACUUUACAACUCUGAGCCAUUCAGAAAACAGAGUAAUAUUUCCUUCACCUCAGUGAAGCUGCAAAAUAUUCCACGUUCAAAAAAUUGUCUACAAGAUGAUAACACUAAAAAUGACCUCCCAUCUCAAUCCCAAAACUGGAAGUUUCCAUCAGAACUAGAAGAAAAUGCAGCUUUUUCAACAGACAGGUCAUCAUAUUCCAAAGAAAAAAAUUUAGACCAGCCAGAAUGUGAAAGUAAGAAUUGGCUUCUUCAAAGGGAGAAAAAAGUUGAAACAACAACCCAGUUAGAAAAAAUCAGUGACACAAAUUCAGAGAGAGAUCUAGCCAAUUCAAAGAUUCAAUGUGGAACUGAAGUCCCAUGGGUCAAAGAAGGCAGAAUGAAUGAUCAAAACUCUGUUAAUCAAUGGGAGGAAGAUACACAGAAUAACCAUGUCCAUAGUUUAGAAUUGCUAGAGCCAUGGGAAGAUCAUCAGUGGGUCACCAGUCCUCUUCAUUCUCCUACCUUGAAAGAAACUCAAGGAAAGGCACUUCAGGAGUUUCAGCCACAGAACCAAGGAAUGACCCAAAGUCAUUUCAAGAAACCAUGUUUCAGUCGUAGCUUUUCCUUAGACAGCAAGGAUUUUUUGAAAACUCAUUGGGCUAUAGAAAUACCUUUAACAAAUGCAAAUGAGGAACAGCUUUGUGGUGACCUAGAACAAGGAAUGAAGGAAUAUUCACCAGGACAGUGGAAAAAAAGUCUUCAGAAAGCUGAAGCCUGGCUGAAUUGUUUAAAGGAAACUUCAAACUCACGUGAAACAAACAUGAAAUAUCUAAGUCAUGAAGCAGGCUUUGCAGCAACAGAGUUGCCUUCUGGUCUUGAAGGAUUGCCUAGUAUUGCCUGUAAAGCAUUGGUUGAGAAGGAUGUGCCUAAAGAUGAAAAAAAACAAGAAAACAUGAAGCUAGAUUCUCCUUUGUCACAAUUUAAUACUGAGAUCAGUUUAUUAAAUUCAAACUGCACACGAAGGCAGGCAACUAAUAUUCAACCGAAUGACAGACCUGGAGUUCCUAUCAUGAAAGGACCAUAUUGUACUAAAGAGCUGCAGAUCAAUAAAGGAGAGGAUAUUCCAUGUAAAGGAAAGCCAAGACCCUCUUCUCUCAACCUGGAUUCUGUCCUUCCACUUGCCAGCCUUUUUAAUUUUGACCACUUGUCUUUCCCCUCUUCACCCAGGCACUUUCUCUGUGGGCAGAAAGAAACUAAAUCUAGUGAUUCUGCACCAUCCCUUUCUGUUGCUUGUCCAAGUGAAAAUAAAGCUGACCUUUGGGGAUCACACUUUGAUCCUCAAGACUUAGACUUAGAAUACAUAAUGAUGGCUCAUGCUACCACUGGUCGUCGUAAUUCUGCCCCUGUAAGUGUUUCAGCAGUAAGAACAUCUUUCAUGGUUAAGAUGUGUCAGGCUCGAGCUGUGCCAGUGAUUCCACCAAAGAUUCAAUAUACCCAAGUUCCCCAGCCUUUGCAGGCACAAAACCCCAACUGCAGAAUCUCACUGGCAUCAGAGAAUAAAGAAGCAGAAGUCAAGAAAAUUCUAAUCAAGCCAGUUCAAAAUGCUCAGGGUCAGCUGCAACUUCCAAAGAGUCCAUCACUCGAUGGGAUGGGAAAAGAAAACAACAGUACAUUCAUUUUGGAUUCAGCUGCAGCUAGAAAAGCAGAACCAUCUUUUUCCAAUCAUAAUAAUACUCAGGAUGCACCAGUUCUUCGGCGAAAGAGAACCUCUGAAGGAGAAACUACUGGAGAUACUCCACAGUCCUCAAAAAUGGAGAGGCCAUCUGGGGUUUCGAAGCCUUCUUACAGAUCUAGACCAGGAAGACCUCAGAGCCUUAUUCUAUUUAGUCCUCCCUUUCCUAUCAUGGACCAUCCCUCUUCUGCAGACUCUAGAGUAUUGUUAUCUCCCAUAAGAAGCCCUACACAGACCCCUUCUCCAAGUCCAAUUUCCAAUGAUUUAUUAGGACCAGCCCCAGAGGGUGUCACUCUUCGUAACAAAAUGACUAUUCCAAAGAAUGGCCAAAGGCUAGAGACAUCUACAAGUUGCUUUUACCAACCACAGAGAAGGUCUGUAAUUCUGGAUGGAAGAAGCGGGCGUCAGAUAGAAUAAUGCCUUCCCAUUUCUCUUCCCUGGUGGAUGAGAUAUACUAGUAACACUGAGAACUAUGAAUAUGAUGCUAUUAUUGCUAAAUGCUUCUUACUAAAAAAGUAAUUGUUGAUUUCAACAAUCCUUAACUUUAUAUUUUGUCACAUUUAAUAAAUGAAAUUAUCCCACAGGUGAAAACAAUAUUUUACUGAAAGGAAAGGCAGAGGUAAAAGUUGUCUAGAAAUGUAUUCCUUUAUAAGAUGCUCUAUUGCUUCAGCUUCCCACCAACAGAUACAAAUCAUCUCAGCUAAUGUUCCUUUUCAUGAUCUUGCUUAUUGCCUUCCUAUAAUGUUGAAAUGCUAUGUAUUUGGGAUUUCUGUUGAAAUAUAUAUUAAGAAUAGCAGACCUGCUCCAUGUAUCUAUAUACAGACCUAAAAGGAGCAUUGUAAAAAGAAAAAUGUGCACACUGGUCAUUCAAAUAAGUGGGGAGAGGAAUGCUGAUAUGUUUGAGGGAAACCUAUUUUGAUAAGCUAUUAUUAUUAAAAACACCAAUUAUAUCUUACAUUUCUCUAAAUGUUUGAUGGACUUUAAUACUGAUUAUAGAAAAUUGUACAAAUAGUCAUACAAUAUAAAAUACCUGUUCUGUCAGUGAUUGGAAGAUUUAUUAAUGUAAUAGUAGGGAUUGAACUCACUCCAAAUGAUUUUCAUCCUCCUCCAAAAACAUUAAUUUGCUAUCUCUGUAGCAGUGUCACUUUUGGUAGCUGCUAAAUGGAGUGAUAGACCAGUCAUAAUAAGCUUCAAUCCAUUUAUUAGAAUAUCAUAGUGUACUGAUGUUUAUUGAAGACAUUAUAAUAUGAUUUUCUCUACACCAGCCUCAGUGUAACUGCUUUGCAAAUGAGACUGAAUUUAAGUUGCUACUCAACGUACUCAACACCACGUCAAUAAGUGGCACAAACUAAAUUUCAAUUAGUAAAUAAAUUCCAGCCCAAAUGUCUGGUUGCAAGUUAUUAAAGCAGAAUUGGGGGCCUGAAGAUCUUUCAAGAAUGACUUACAUGUGUUAGAUUUUGUUUUCUCAUUGAUUUUCAGUAUCAUAGUCUAGAAGCACAUUUUCACAAAACACAGUUGAACUAGAGCUAGGGCAGAAAAUAUGUAGACAAGUGAUGUUGUGACUGUUGGUAUACAUAUAAAAUACUGAAAUAGCAUUUAUUGUAAUUUCACUAAUACAUAUUUUGAUACAUGUAUUUCUACCUAGAAUUCCAACUUUGAUUUUAAGAAUAAGUUGUUUCACAUAACAAAAUGAGUACCUUUUACUUAUGAAGUCUAUUAUAAGUCCCUAGUUUUUUUUUUUACUUUUCAAGACAGUUUGAAAUAAUAGCAAAAGGGGAUUGGCAGUUCUACAACAUUGUGGAUCUCUGUUUAUAACAGAGAAAUGGGUGACACUGUCUUUAUUUGCACAUUGUUAUUAACAUAAAACCAUAUUUCUGAUUUAAUCAAAGAGAAAUUCAGCUGAAGACAAUUUGGAUGCUAUGGAUUUUUAACAUUCAUUUUGAGAAUAAAUCUGUUUCUCCAUUUUGGGAAACAUGGAACAAGAGGUUCUGCUUUUUGCAUGCUUGGAUUUGGUCAAGGCUUGGUAUGCUUCUUAUCAGAGUUGGCAAAGAAGAAAAAACAAGGUGCACUUUUUUCCCCUUGUCCUGUAAUGCCCAAGGACAGAAGGAAGUUCACUGAGGACUGUCAUUUUUGGUGGAAGAAAGAAUAGGUUAAUGGAAUAAAACAGAGUGCUGAAUUAGAAGGAAAGUUGUUAAUAUAUUAUACCAUUUCUGGGAUAACAAAAAUAAGUCACUUGCUCAUUGAAGAAAGAGUUGCAGUACUCACCUGUGGGAUGGUUUGUUCUUUUGCUUAAAUAAUGCCUAGGAUUUGCUUUAAGCAAUGUAUAUUGGCUAUUUUCCUAGUGACAGAUAUAUUUUCUAAAAGUGUGCUAUAGAAAUAUAUUAAAAUCUAAUUAAGAACCUAAGAAGUUGUGCAUCUCUGAAUCUUGGACAAAACCAAUGUUUAGAAAUUAGGCUUUGUUGUAAAUUCCUCUUGUAUAAGCUUUCCACACUUUUGAUAGAGAAAGAGCAUCAAUUGCUCAGUCCACUAGCCAUGGAGUCUGCCCUUCCUGAUCUUUUCCCCUGAAAUUGUUCUUCAUAUCAACACAGGAUUUUACCAACUAUUGCUAAGCUUAUCUGAAACAGAUCUCGCUGAAAAACAGUAAAUCUGUCAAUUAUUUCAUGACAAUUGUCUCUGUAGUGAUGGUUAAGAGUUGUGUUUAUGAGAUGAGAGAUGUGAACAAGAAGUUAGGAAGGUGCUUGUAUAUCACUCUGCAUCCUUAGCACUGUUUUGCUUCAAUUUCUUGUCAGAUUCAAUUCUUAGAUGUGUAUACAUACACACACACACACACAAUUUCAGUUGAGAUUGGGGACAUGGGCAAUUCUUUAAAACUGAUGGGAUUCUUCUUCCAUUGUGUUCUAAAUAAGGCCUAACUUUGGGGGGGGGGGUUAGGAGUGGAGGAAAAGGUAAGGGCUGAAUUUGAUUUUUCAGUGGCAUGCUGAGAACAACACUCCAGAAGUUAGAUCAAGGAUAAAAAUAAAAUAAAAUUGAUUUCAUUUAAUUCAAAAGUGGAUUCGGUUAAUGCUUUUUUACAUUCAUUAAAUGAAAAAAAUGUUCCCAAGCAUUUUAUAUUUUUCUCCCUUCUUUCAUAGUAUUAAUUACAGCUUGUUGGCAACUUUUGAAGGCUCACAUCCACUGUAGUCAAAGCAUUCAAGGGCCAUGUAUGGCUGUAAGGUCUCAAGCUGUGCAUCUUUGCUGUAUAUGAAAAAUACUGUAUGCCAUGUUAGAUUGUUUAUAACAUUUUAACUAACUUUUUAACAUACAAGUAUAUUUUUUCAACAUUUUGUUUCUGAUAAUUUUACUAAAACAAAACAAAUUUAAACUGAGGAUAAAUCCCUGUUCCUUGCCACCCCUUCCUCUCCCUGAAGAAAUUAUGAAUCAUUUUUUCCUAUUGCUUUCAAUUUGAGAGGGGGGAACCAAGUCCAUUACUGUGAGGUCUGAGCUUUGUAUGAAUGCAUUGAAUUUCAUUUAAUCAUCAUGAUGAAUAUUGUUUUCACAGAGUGCUGCUCUUCUAUUUUAGGGCUUUCAUCAUUUGGAAAUUUUGCCAAGUCUCAACCAUGAGAUUAAACUGGAGUUUUUAUAAAAA